GCAACAAUUGAAAAUUUCGCGGAUAUCAAGAUGAGAGAUCUUAACAAGCCAUUCCGGUUCAACGGUACUCACUUCAAGAGGUGGAAGGGUAAAGUACUUUUCUACUUCAGUCUUCUCAAUGUCUCUUAUGUUUUAACUGAGAAGAAUCCAAAUAAAGUAGAUAACUCUUCCAUGACCGACGACGAACUUAUCUCUCUUCAAGAGAAAGUUGAAAUAUACGACAGUGACUGCUACAAGUGUUGGUACUUUUUACUUAAUUGUCUGUCUGAUAAUUUUUAUGAUUAUUAUGAUAAAACUUACUCUGGUGCAAAGAAAAUUUGAAAAGCAUUGCAGAGUAAGAAUGACACUGACGAGGCGGGAGCGAAAAAAUAUACGGGUAGCAGAUUUUUCCGUUUCCAAAUGGUGGACAACAAAUCAGUGGUAGACCAAGUUCAAGACUUUAUAAUGAUCGUUGGCGAGCUCAGGUCCGAAGAAGUCAAAAUUGGAGAUAACCUUAUUGUUUGUGGCAUAAUUGAUAAACUUCCACCUUGUAGAAGAAAUUUCAAAAAACUAUGCGCUACAAGCAAAAGGAAACUUCUGUUGAGACCUUGAUAAUGAGAAUCCGCAUGGAAGAAGAAGCAAGGGGCCAAGAUGCACUUAUGCAAACAGAAGAGAACAACAUCACACCGAAGGGACGAACAAGGUCUGUUUUAUGCAUUGGAUCUAGGCGGUACAAACUUCCGUGUGAUGCGUGUGCAGUUGGGUGGGAAAGAAAACCGUAUAGUUAAACAUGAAGUUAAAGAAGUUUCAAUUCCACAGAAUGUGAUGGCUGGAUCAUCAUCCGAUGUGUUAUUUGAUUUUAUUGCCACGGCACUUGCAGAAUUCGUAGCUACAGAAGGUGAUGAUUUUCAUCUUCCACCCGGUAGACAAAGGGAGUUAGGCUUUACCUUCUCUUUCCCAGUGAAACAAUUGUCGAUUGCAUCAGGAACUCUUAUUAAAUGGACAAAGGGCUUCUCCAUAGAAGAUGUGGUUGGCCAAGAUGUGGUUGGGGAAUUAACAAAAGCAAUGGAAAGGGUCGACCUCGAUGUGCGUGUGGCUGCUUUAGUCAACGAUACUGUUGGAACGUUAGCAGGAGGUCGGUACAAUAAUCCUGAUGUCAUUGCUGCCGUAAUAUUGGGUACUGGAACCAAUGCAGCAUAUGUUGAGCGGGCACACGCGAUUCCGAAAUGGCAUGGCCUGCUGCCGAAAUCAGGAGAGAUGGUAAUCAACAUGGAAUGGGGUAAUUUCCAUUCGACACAUCUUCCAGUAACAGAAUAUGACCAAAAUCUUGAUGCUGAGAGUUUAAACCCCGCGGAACAGAUUUAUGAGAAGAUGAUUUCUGGCAUGUAUCUCGGAGAAAUUUUGCGUAGAGUAUUGUGUAGAAUGGCUGAAGAAGCUUCAUUAUUCGGUGAUUAUGUACCACAGAGACUGAAAAUUCCGUUCAUAUUGAGGACUCCGGACAUGGCUGCUAUGCAUCACGACGAGUCUGCUGAUCUCAAGGUGGUUGGCAAUAAGUUGAAGGAUAUCUUAGAGGUGCCUAAUUCUACCUUGAAAACGAGGAAAAUAGUUGUGGAGCUAUGCGACAUUAUCACCUCUCGUGGAGCUCAUCUUUCUGCAGCAGGGAUCGUGGGGAUCCUCAAGAAAUUAGGAAUAGACACUUUGAAGAACGGAGAGAAGCAUAGGUCUGUCGUAGCUGUAGAUGGUGCAUUGUUCGAGCAUUACACAAAGUUCAGAAAUUGCAUGGAAGGAACUAUUAAAGAGUUACUGGGAGACGCCGCUGACAGCAUAGUCAUUGAGCUCUCGAGCGAUGGUUCAGGCGUUGGCGCAGCACUUUUGGCUGCAUCUCAUUCACAAUACCUUGGACUUGACGAAUCUUGAUCACGGUAAGAGUGACAAAGAGAACACUCUUCUUACUUUCUUCUCCGAAACGAUUUACCUGUGGAUGUCGUGCAAGAUUGAGCUUUGAAGUUUGAAGUGAGCCAUGGUUCAGCUAAACACGAAUAUGCUGACAUUUUCACUAUUGGUGCCUCUUAAGGAUCAUCGUUAUCCAAAUGUAAACGUAGUUUUUUUCCUCACUAGGCAGAAAUAAAGCUAGGAUAUAAAUAAAGUUCUUCUAGUUGCCACAUUUUUGUGUAAUCUUUCCAAGAUUUGUUGCUGCCAGAAAGUUAAUAGUACUGAGGUAGUUCAA